AUGAGUGCAAUGCAAAACAGUGUCAGUGUCACUGUCAGUCGUCCGACGUGCAACAGUAAGGGGAGCAUGAUUGUUGUUUCAAAUAGACUACCUUUUAUAUUGAAAAGAAAUGAAAAAACCGGUGAAUUAGAAAGAAAGGCCAGCGCCGGUGGUCUUGUAACUGCUGUGGCGCCGGUGGUGAUUCGAGGUAGCGGUAUUUGGGUGGGCUGGCCUGGCAUACAUCUGGAAAACCCUAACGAGAAGAUACCAGAAUCCGACCCCAAUGAUACGACGCCUACUGCUGGACUGCUAUCUAGCAAGAUUGUUGCAAUUCAUGCUGAACCUAAGUUAUUCGACAGCUACUAUAAUGGCUGUUGUAAUGGAACUUUCUGGCCGCUUUUCCACUCUAUGCCCGACCGCGCCACAUUCAUCGUAGACCAUUGGCGAGCCUAUAUAAAAAUUAAUGAGGAAUUCGCUGAGAAGACAGUAUAUGCAUUGAAACUGCUCAAAGAAAAUAAAGAGAAAAAUGGCAAUUCACCUCCAAUUAUAUGGAUCCACGAUUACCAUCUCAUGUUGGCUGCUAACUGGAUUCGACAAAAAGCCGAAGAGGAUGACUUAAAGUGCAAACUUGCGUUUUUCUUACACAUUCCAUUCCCACCAUGGGACAUAUUCAGGCUUUUGCCUUGGUCUGAUGAAGUUUUGCAGGGCAUUUUGGGUUGUGACAUGGUCGGCUUUCACAUAACAGACUAUUGCCUAAAUUUCAUAGAUUGUUGCCAAAGGAAUUUGGGUUGUCGUGUUGACCGGAAAAAUCUUUUAGUAGAAUUAGGCGGUCGUACCAUUUGCGUUCGACCGUUACCAAUAGGCGUACCCUUCGAUAGAUUCGUUGCAUUGGCUCAAAACGCAAAACCAGUACUCUCAAUGAGUCAAAAAGUGAUACUCGGCGUAGACAGAUUAGAUUAUACCAAAGGCUUAGUGCACAAACUUAAAGCAUUCGAAAGGCUGCUGGAAAAACAUCCUGAACAUAUAGAUAAAGUAGUACUACUGCAAAUAUCGGUACCGUCAAGAACAGAUGUGAAAGAAUAUCAAGAUUUAAAAGAAGAAAUGGACCAACUAGUUGGAAGAAUUAACGGAAGGUUCACUACGCCGAAUUGGUCUCCUAUAAGGUACAUAUAUGGUUGUGUGGGGCAAGACGAGUUAGCGGCGUUCUACCGCGACGCGUCGGUGGCGCUAGUGACGCCACUGCGGGAUGGCAUGAACCUCGUUGCGAAAGAGUUUGUGGCGUGCCAGAUUAACCAGCCGCCCGGCGUGCUCAUCGUGUCGCCCUUCGCCGGCGCCGGCGAGAUGAUGCAUGAAGCGCUCAUAUGCAACCCCUAUGAGCUGGAUGAUGCGGCCGAGGUCAUUCAUAGAGCACUAAUAAUGCCAGAGGAUGAGCGCACGGUGCGCAUGAACCAUUUGCGCCGCCGCGAACAGCACAACGACGUCGACAGCUGGAUGAAGGCGUUCCUCAAGGCCAUGGACUCGCUGGAAGAGGAGACUGACGACAUUGGGGCCACUUCCAUGCAACCGGUCACCAUUGAUGACUUUGAUGAGUAUCUGUCCAAAUACAUAGGCUACACACAGAAGCUAGCCCUGCUGCUGGACUACGACGGCACGCUGGCGCCCAUCGCGCCGCACCCCGACCUGGCUACGCUGCCUUUGGAGACCAAGCACACGCUGCAGCGACUGUCCAACAUGUCCGACGUCUAUAUAGCCAUCAUAUCUGGCAGGAAUGUGAACAAUGUUAAGGAGAUGGUGGGCAUAGAAGGCAUCACAUAUGCGGGAAACCAUGGUUUGGAAAUAUUACAUCCCGAUGGCAGCAAGUUCGUUCAUCCCAUGCCCUUGGAGCUUCAAGACAAAGUUGUAGAUCUACUCAAGUCUUUGCAAGAACAGGUGUGCCGAGACGGCGCGUGGGUGGAGAACAAGGGCGCGCUGCUGACCUUCCACUUCCGCGAGACGCCGCUGGCGAAGCGCGCCGCGCUCGCGGACACGGCGCGCCGCCUCAUCGCCGCCGCCGGCUUCACGCCCGCGCCCGCGCACUGCGCCAUCGAGGCGCGCCCGCCCGUGCAAUGGAACAAAGGUCGCGCAUGCAUCUACAUUCUGAGGACGGCGUUCGGUCUGGACUGGAGCGAACGCAUAAGGAUUAUAUACGCCGGUGAUGACGCCACCGAUGAAGACGCCAUGUUGGCCCUCAAAGGUAUGGCGGCGACAUUCCGCAUAGCAUCUUCCAAUAUAACCAAGACAUCGGCCGAACGCCGUCUCUCAUCAACGGACUCGGUACUGGCGAUGCUGAAGUGGGUGGAAAGGCAUUUCUCCCGACGCAAGCCUCGAGCCAACUCCCUAACAUACAACAAGAACGCCCGACUAACCCGAGACACCAUACAGAUGCAUAUGUCAUACCAACCACCCACCAGAUCCCCCAAACGAACACCACCUCGUACCCCAGAUAUCAUUUCCAGCGGAUCAGAGUCGAGC